UACCAGUUCAUGUGCAUGCGUGGGAUGCUUACAAGUAUAUAAAAUUGCAGAGGCGUUAGUCAUCUAUUAAAUAACUACGAUGCGAUUGUCAUUGUUUUAAUUCUACACGUGCCUCCUUCGCUUUGUUCUUUCGGAUGAUUUCAUCAAUCUUCGGUACAGUAUGUUUGGAAACAUUUUCUUUUCUUUUUUUCAUUCAAACUCUUCUUUACAGUUGUUUAAUUCGAUUUAAAAUAAAACCGUUCUCUAAAAACCCAGAGGUUUAAAUUUUCAAUUAAACAAACUUAUUCCAAGAGCGUGGGAUAGAAAGGUUAGCAAUUUAUCACCCUUUCGUUUCUGUUUCGCAUGUGCGACGGCGGCGGCGGUGGUGGGGAGGGUGAACUAAUUCUGAAAGAGAUCUGACAGUGCCCACAGCUCACACAUACCUCCCACCCACGCACCACAACUAACCCACUCUGUCGCCCAAUCGGCAUACACUCAUUCAUGCGCAGAAGUGGGUGUAGGUGGAAAUAAUUAUUGGGCCGGUCCGUUUCCACGGAAUCCAGCCCGGGAUUUGACUCCACCUCCAGCCAAGCUGCUUUCCAGUGACAGAAAGUGUUGGGACGGAGUCUGGCAGGGAGAAGAGGCAGGGCAGAGAAGAUCGAAAGAGACAGAGAGAGAGAGAGGCGCUGCUCCGAAGUCAUCCCCAAACACAUUUCAAUGACCAGGAGAGCUUGGGAAAAGCGCACUUUCCUGCCGGCGCACAAGCGAGGCUACUUCCCUUGGAGGAGUUUCCACAAAGCGAUCUCGCCAGCCGGGAUCACUUUUGGGGAAGGGCAGAAGAAGACAACGAGAGGACUUCCCAGAUCCGUCGGACGGGGACUUACUGGAGUGGAAACCCGAGUGGCAUUUGGACGAGGAGUAAUCGAAGAGCCCGUAUCUUCUCCCCACACCUACCCUUCCCCCCUCCCCCCCUCCGGUAGAGAUGAACACAUCGCGUUCGCCUUCCCCAAACUAGUUCGGGUCCUAAGCUCCUCUCCCCCCUCUCCGUUUCCCCAAGAAGCCCCCCCGCCUAAUAAUGACAAAGGAUUGCAAAGGCGAGAGUGGAUCGAGUUUCGCUGAGCGAUCCCCUUAACUGGAUUACUAAAUGGGACGCUCCAUCAGCUAGUCUUCUUAAGGCUCCAAAUACAUGCACCGACGAGGGUGAAGUGAAGGAUUAGUUUCCCAGUUGAACUACUAUGAGGUCAGAAGCCUUGCUGCUAUAUUUCACACUGCUACACUUUGCUGGGGCCGAUUUCCCAGAAGAUCCUGAGCCAAUCAGUAUUUCGCAUGGCAACUAUACAAAACAGUAUCCAGUGUUCGUGGGUCACAAACCGGGACACAACACUCCACAAAGGCACAGACUUGACAUUCAGUUGCUCAUGAUAAUGGACAGAACCCUCUACGUUGCUGCUAGGGACCAUAUUUAUACUGUUGAUAUGGAUUCAUCACACACAGAAGAAAUUUAUUUUAGCAAAAAAUUGACAUGGAAAUCCAGACAGCUUGAUGUAGACACAUGCAGAAUGAAGGGAAAACAUAAGGAUGAAUGUCAUAACUUUAUUAAGGUUCUUCUAAAACGAGAUGAUGAUACAUUAUUUAUUUGUGGGACAAAUGCCUUCAGUCCUUCCUGCAGGAAUUAUAAGAUGGAUACUUUGGAAUUUCUGGGAGAUGAAUUCAGUGGAAUGGCUAGAUGUCCUUAUGAUGCAAAGCAUGCCAAUGUCGCACUGUUUGCAGAGGGAAAGCUGUAUUCUGCCACUGUGACAGACUUCCUUGCAAUAGAUGCUGUCAUUUACCGGAGCCUUGGAGAUAGCCCAACGCUGCGGACAGUCAAACAUGAUUCAAAAUGGUUGAAAGAACCAUAUUUUGUUCAUGCGGUAGAUUAUGGUAACUAUAUCUACUUCUUCUUUCGGGAAAUUGCAGUGGAAUAUCACAGUAUGGGGAAGGUGGUUUUCCCCAGAGUAGCUCGAGUUUGCAAGAAUGACAUGGGUGGAUCUCAACGAGUACUAGAAAAGCAGUGGACUUCCUUCCUGAAGGCACGAUUGAACUGUUCAGUACCUGGUGAUUCGCAUUUCUAUUUCAACAUACUGCAGGCAGUUACCGAUGUUACCCAAGUUAAUGGCCGGGACAUUGUUUUAGCAACUUUUUCUACUCCUUAUAACAGCAUCCCUGGCUCUGCGGUCUGCGCUUAUGAUAUUCUCGACAUUGCCAGUGUUUUUACUGGAAGAUUCAAAGAACAAAAGUCUCCAGAUUCAAUAUGGACACCAGUUCCUGAUGAAAGAGUGCCGAAACCCAGGCCAGGUUCCUGUGCAGGCUCCAGUUCACUUGAAAAAUACACAUCCUCCAAUGAAUUUCCAGAUGACACCCUAAAUUUCAUCAAGACACAUUCUCUCAUGGAUGAAGCAGUACCAUCAGUUGUCAACAAGCCAUGGUUUCUCCGCACUAUGGUUAGAUACCGCUUGACGAAAAUUGCUGUAGAUAAUGCUGCUGGCCCAAAUCAAAACCAUACUGUGGUUUUUCUUGGAUCAGAAAAAGGAAUUAUUUUGAAGUUCUUGGUCAGGACAGGAAACAGUGGUUUUCUAAAUGACAGCCUUUUCCUGGAGGAGAUGAGCAUUUACAACUCUGAAAAGUGCAGCUAUGAUGGCGUGGAGGACAAGAGAAUUAUGGGUAUGCAACUGGACAAGCAAAGCCGUGCUCUCUAUGUAGCAUUUUCAAACUGUUUGAUAAGAGUGCCUCUGGGAAGAUGUGAGCGUCAUGGCAAAUGCAAAAAGGCCUGCAUAGCUUCUAGGGACCCAUACUGUGGAUGGAUGAAAGAAAGUGGAGCAUGCAUGCAGCUUCUACCUGGAGCAACAUUGGCCUUUGAGCAGGACAUCGAGCAUGGCAAUACUGAUGGCUUGGGUGACUGCCAAAAUUCGUUCGUAGCACUGAAUGACAUUUCAGCUCCAUCAUCAGAUCAUGAAAUGUCUUACACUACAGUGUAUGGACACUCCAGUUCGCUACUUCCCAGCAUGUCUACUUCAGACUCUCCAGGCCAACAGGGUUAUGAUGCCGGAGGGCACAUAUUAAAUUGGAAGGAUCACAUUGGCUCAUCUGAGAAUAUCAAUCCAUAUGUGGCUGUCUCGUCCCAUAAUCACCAAGAGAAAAAGGGAGUGAUCCGUGAGAGUUAUCUCAAGGGGCAUGAUCAGUUGGUGCCUGUCACCCUCCUGGCUAUAGCAGUCAUUCUUGCCUUUGUCAUGGGAGCCGUCUUCUCGGGGAUCAUAGUGUACUGCAUCUGUGACCAUCGGCGUCGAGAUGCGACCAUUGUGCAGAGGAAGGAGAAGGAGCUGGUCCAAUCUCGUCGAGGUUCAAUGAACAGUGUCACUAAGCUCAGUGGUCUCUUUGGAGACAGUCAGUCCAAAGAGCCAAAGCCUGAAGCCAUUCUCACCCCUCUCAUGCACAACGGUAAGCUUGCUACUCCAGGAAGCACAGCCAAGAUGCUCAUCAAAGCUGACCAACAUCAUCUGGACUUGGCUGCUCUACCUACUCCAGAGUCCACCCCGACACUUCAGCAGAAGAGGAAGCCAAGCCGUGGCAGCAGAGACUGGGAGAGAAACCAGAAUCUCAUCAAUGCCUGUACAAAAGAUAUUCCCCCCAUGGCGUCACCUGUGAUUCCCACAGACCUUCCUCUCAGGGCUUCUCCCAGUCAUAUCCCAAGUGUUGUAGUCCUGCCUAUUUCUCAGCAAAGCUAUCAGCAUGAAUAUGUUGAUCAGCCUAAAAUGAGUGAUGUGGCACAGAUGGCCAUGGAGGACCAAAAUGCUACUCUUGAAUACAAAACCAUAAAAGAGCAUCUCAGUGGCAAAAGUCCAAAUCAUGGGGUGAAUCUCGUCGAAAACCUGGAUAGCAUGCCACCAAAAGUCCCCCAGAGAGAAGCUUCUCUUGGUCCCCCUGGGUCCUCUCUUGCUCAGAGCAGUCUAGGGAAGCGAUUGGAGAUGCAUUCUUCUGCUUAUAACGUGGACUACAAGAGAAACUACCCUACGAACUCGCUUACGAGAAAUCACCAAACAUCAACACUCAAAAGAAAUAACACUAAUUCUUCUAAUUCCUCCCACCUUUCAAGAAAUCAGAGUUUUGGCAGGGGAGACAAUCCUCCUCCUGCCCCACAAAGAGUGGACUCCAUACAAGUCCAUGCUGCUCAGGGUCAGACUGUGACUGUUUCUAGGCAGCCCAGUCUCACCACAUACAACUCGCUGACAAGAUCAGGGUUGAAACGCACACCAUCGUUAAAACCAGAUGUACCCCCCAAGCCCUCUUUUUCCCCUCUUUCAGCAUCCAUGAAGCCUAAUGAUGCAUGUACAUAAUCACCGUGGGGUGGGGGUGGGGACAGCUGUGAAUCAUGGAAUAUCCUUAAAAACCAGGAUUCAGCAACGGCAAUGCUAGUUUCAACUGACCAAGAAACUGCAAAGCUGAAGGACAUUCUGCUCUGGGGAAAAGUGGGAUAUUUUUAAGGAAUUGGGCCAUACAGUCUAUGGUUUGCAACUGUAGGACCCACCCCCACAAUACAACAGCUCUUCACUCAAAAGACUAACUGCAAACAUUGAGCCAAAAGCACACACACGAAAGAUGACUGUGAUCCUUCACUUUUAACUGCACAGAACAUCCUAGAACUGGGAAAUGAGUGCUUUGAAAGCAAAAAUGCCCUGAGAAAGGAACAACUCACAAAAAGACAAAAGGAACCUAUUGUUUAAGCUAACUCUUACUGAACCGUGACAGACUCUUACUAUAUGCAGGUACUGUGAAAGCCCAUCAGUGUUACAGCCUUUUGAUUAUAGCAGAUUUGCCAUGUUGGGCAAGAACAACUCUGUCAUAGGUUAUUGCUACUCUUCUCUCUUAAUGAAUAACAUGUGACUGUUAACGCAAGUAACUAUGAUUAUUUAUUGUUCAUCUUUUUUGUCUUUUUUAAAAUCCUAAGGAAAUUACUUAUGCCUACCAUCAUAUGAGCAACUCUUUCCAGAAGGAAAAACAAAAUACAUUGAAAAUUAUGCCUAUUUAACGUGAAACCCCAUUAACUAGAGUAAUUAAAACUCUUUUUAUUUUUCCAAUAAAUUCACUGAGUUAAAUAAGUUGGAGAUGGAAUUCCGAACUUUUGUGUUUGAACUCUCUGAUCUCUUUCUGGAAGACAAACUAGAGGGAAAUGCUUACUUCAGUGUCGGUCCAUUCUGCAAGCUGGCUUCCAGCUUUUAAGGUCAGGUUGCAAACCAAGGAAGAAACCUCUCACUACACCAUUUUUCCCUAAAGUUCCUUUCUUCCUAAAGUACUAAUGUCUUACAAAAUAAAUUCUAUGAACACUCUACUUCCAUGCCCCAUUGCCAUGAACACAGUUUUUGUCAAUAGUUGAUCCUUUCGAUGAAAGCACCCACUCGAUUUCUGCCAUCUCAUUUCAUCCUUGCAUGUGAGAUGACAAACCGACAAACAAAAAUGCACAGUGCAAAUUCAUCUGCACACUGGUUUCUCCCAGCAUAGUUUUCAAUUUUACCACACAGAGUUUGUUUUGAUGAGAAUACAUCUGAUUUUUUUCCCACAUGUAAAUUUGUGCCUUACACCCUCAGUUGUGUAUAUUUGUAAGCUGUAGUAUGUACAAUCGUUCCCCUUUCCUUAGAAUAAAUCAGAUAUUUAUUUAUCUCUCCCCUUUCUUAUUCACCUAGAAUAAGGAUCUCCAAACUUGGCAACUUUAAGACUUGGACUUCAACUCCCAGAAUUCCUUAGCUAGCCAUGCUGGGAGUUGAAGUCCGUAAGUCUUAUAGUUGCCAAGAAUGGAGAGCCCUGCCCUAAAGAACUGGAAGAUGCACAGUUUUAUGUUUCAGUUUGCAGAAUUAACAGCCCUCUGAUCACAAGAAAGCAAGGGGCAGCAAUAUAUGUUGCUUGGAUGUGAAUCCUAAUCAUGCUUAUUUUGGCCUUCGCAUUACUUUUGUGCUAUCCUGGCAGUUUAGAUACUGUUUGGUGACAGCAUAUCCAUCUUCCUGGAUAUUUUGGUAUCACUUCAGUGUGGAAAUGUGUCCUUUCUCAUUGCCAGUAGUGUGAUGUAUCAUCAAAGUCAAGCACUAUGUACUGUUGACAUUCUGGUGCAAAACAAUCCAGGCCUAAGGCUGUAUAGCCUAUGGAAUAAAAUGGAAAUAAACGUAAAGCAGGCUGGUUCCUGCUGGUUCUCAGUGGGAAAGCAAACCCAGAUAAUUCUUACAACCUACUUUUUGUUAUAAGAGAGAAAUCCAGCUUUCAUUUGUAUGGGUGGGUGGGGGAAACGGGCAGAGCGUGUGCAGGAACGUAUAGUUUGACAAAGUCUCGGUUGCUUGUGUUUAGAUUUUCCUUUAAACUGUCAUUACACCUAUGUCAGCCUACUAUGGCAAAAAGAAAGAGAGAGAAAUGGAUGUGCAUGUUUGAUAUUGUCUGGACAGAACAUUUGAGAAGGAGGAACAAGGUUUUGGAAGAGAAGAUGUCUCUAUACUCCAGUGGAGCUGGUUUCGUUGCCUCUGAAGAAAGAGCAUUCGCAAAUGGUUUCCCUGGAGAGAAAAAUCUUCAGGCUGGGAGCAACAUAUAGAUGGUCGUUAGGGAAAUCAGGAUGAUUGUAACCAAAGGGGCCUGCCUCUGCUCUCCUUUUGUCCCUGCCUUCUUGUUCACUCUUGGCGGGCUGGUUAAAGUCAAAGCAAGCUUCUUUCUGGGGUUUUGUUUUUUUUCCCCCUUAAUCACCAUGCCCAGUCUUUUUUUAAGCUAUGAGGGAUUCACAUGAAAAGUUAAGCAGACUUUUUGUUUUUCCUCCUUGAAGCUCAGCCCCUAAACUAAACUCUGAACUCUGAAGGGCAUGGUACCCCCUGCUACAUCUUAGCCAAGCAGUCUGUCAUAAUGGAGAAAUGAAGAAUUAUUGCAGUCUUGUUCAGGGAUCUGCCUUUUUAAUAUACAUCACACCAGUGAUGGGGUUCACCUUGAGAUGCCCAUUUUUUUACUCUAUGUUUUGUUUUCUGUUUAGACUCUUCUAUGUCUUUCCUCCUGCUCCUUGUCCCAUUUUUACCCCUUUGUGUGUAAAGGUUCUUGGACCUACGUGUGCCUUUUCUUUCCACCUUUCGUAUACCCCAGUAGAUGCAGCCAAGUCAGACACUCUCUUUUGUUGUAAACUUGUAAAAAAAAAUACUGUGUUGUCACCAGUUUCCGUACAUCUCCACAAAUUCCUAACAUCAUCAGAUUCACAGUUUAAUGUAUGUUGUAAACAAAAUGAAGAAGAAAAAGAAGAAAGGGGGGGAAAGAGUUAAAGUGUUUUACAAAAGAAUUAAAAUGGCAAGGGAAGGGAGAAAGUGACUCUUUAUGACAAAAUAAUAAAACCAGACUGUUCUACUUUA